AUGCAACGCCUUAAUUGUGCUUCAGGAAACCUAAUAAUGUCAAGUCGGCUUAUAUAAGAAGAGUGUUAAGAUGAUGCAUAUCUUCUAAGCAUCACCAUUCGGUUUUCCUCUCGACCAAGAUGGAGCAAGAAAUCAAUCAACUCAUAUUCAACAUGGGUUCCCUCGGGACCAGUGCUCCACAAAGGAGAGGACUAUCAAGGUAUUAUUCUGGGAAAGCAAGAUCAUUCACAUGCAUAGCAGAUGUUCGAUGCUUGGAGGAUUUGAAGAAACCGAAACACCCCGACAACAAGAAAAGGAAGAAACAUUCUGAGGCUAAAAACGACGGCGGCGGCGGCGGCGGCGGCAACGACAACAUUCACAUUCUUCCUCCUUAUGCAUGUCGAAGGGUACCUAGUUGUGCUCAGUUUGCCACCCCUUACGUCAAUGUCUAGAUCCACCUCCCAUUCUACAUAACAAAUGCCUCUACGGCUCUACCAAAUCUCUUUGUACAUUCCUCUAUUUUAUUACAUUUUUGAACUUCAUCCCGUUGUUCUUUACCUUUUCAUCCGACACAUUUCAUGGCACAUUUCAUGCCAUUUAUAGAAACGUCCUAGUAGCUCAGGGCUCUGUCCUCAAUUUUGCUUGUACAUUAUUUAUAUAAAUAAAUACUAUCAUUUUGGAGUAGCUUUCUAGUUU